UGUAUACAAUUUCGGACUUACAACGUACAAGUCUCGUGACCCACUCAGACAGAACCCGUGCGCCGUACACAGUAUCCUUGAACAUUAUUAUUGUUUUGAUUUAGUUAUCGCCUCCAUUGCCGGUGCAGUGGACCGUCAACGUGCCAUCAAAUUAUCCGUGAAUCGUAGUUUUUGUGCUGUCCGCUACUGUCCCCUAUUAUGUCCUCCGCGAUCACAUCUGAGUCGGAAAUUGAUCUGUGCUCCGUCGAUAUGUUGCGUCGUCCAAUCAAAACCCGUUCCUACUACAACAGCAACAAUUCACGCAAUCUGCUGCGUUCGGUCGAGACUAGGACCACAAAGAAUAGCCCGAAAGGGCCCAUUAGCUGGCGGCGUCAAAGUAAGGAUAAUCUGUGGGUCACCGCAACUCCACCGAACAACAAGUCUAUCAAGGAAGGCCUGGCUCAGAAGCGACCUAGCAUGGAACCAGUCGCCCAACUGGCAUUUGGCUCGGCACCCCAAAGCAAUGCGUGCAAGAAACGCCGGUCGCAAAUGGUAUUUACAUCACAGCCGAAGGCCAAAUCUACAGGAUCGGUAGAGUCGUCAACGUUGUUGCCACUAGCGACCAGAUCCUCGCCGCCGUUGCCAUCGCCCGAGACAUUCCAGUACCGCAAGUCCAUAGACAUUUCCAGUAACGACAUUGGACCCAUUUUGGGACGUGGAGGCUGCACCAUCGCGCACAUCGAGCGCGAAUACAAAGUAUCCGUUAAUCUGGAUCGCCACCGCUUGCUAGUGACGGUGCGGGGUUGCGAGGAGACGCAGGUGGUUAGCGCGAUCGCCGACAUACGCAAAAUCAUUAAGAAUAAUACGCCCGGUGCUGGAAACUUUGUCGGCGGCCAGCAGAUCAUGCCACUGCCCCAAUCCAGUAAGCUGCCAGCCACAAAUUGGCGCAGUCCCUCCUUUCGACGGUCCACCACGGAUACCAAUGCAACGUCACGCACGCGUUUGAGUUCUGAUGUGCUUCGUGCCCCAGCUACGGAGCCAGCGGUAUAUAAUGAGGCACCCGAGGUGACGGCACUCACCGAACAGGCGGUGAUAGACAUGCGUGCAGAGAAUGACAAUACGAUGGUGAGUGUUGUCCUGAAUCCGGGCGCAUCCUCGCAGAAUGGGGGGGAUGAUGAACAGCAGCCGCACCCAGUUAUACCGCGACCCAUCUGGCUGUUUGAUCAGGCUUUUGCUCAGUACGGCAAUAACUGGAGUACACUGCUGGGUGAGCGCUUCGAGCGUCCUACGCCCAUACAGGCACAGGCAUGGCCCAUACUCUUGCAGGGCCUGGAUCUAAUAGGAGUUGCGCAAACGGGCACUGGAAAAACACUGGCCUAUUUGCUGCCAGCAUUGAUACAAACGGAGCGACAAAUACGGGUAUGCAGCGGCCCUGGACCCCACGUCCUGGUGCUGGUACCUACACGCGAGCUGGCCGCGCAAAUCGAUAAGGAAAUGCAGACUUUUAAGUCGUCUUCAUUGCGCUCUGUCCUCAUUGUGGGGGGUGGCGAUCGACGCGCCCAGAUAGACAGCCGCAGUGCACACUUUAUUAUCGGUACACCCGGUCGUCUAAUUGAUAUGCUGGACUCCCAUCAGCUUAAUAUUGGUCGAGUUACGUUCUUGGUGCUGGACGAGGCCGAUCGUAUGCUCGAUAUGGGCUUCGAGCAUCAAAUUAAAAAGAUCCUGAGAGCCUUGCGUACCACUCACCAGACUGUAAUGACAUCGGCCACAUGGCCUCAGGAGGUGCGUCGUCUAGCACGUAUGCUCACACGCAAUCCCAUUCAAGUUUGUGUUGGUACCCAGCAUCUGUCCACCACACACAGCGUUAAGCAGACCGUGUGCGUGAUCCAGGACCACGACAAAUUCCCCCUGCUUGUUGCCUUUUUAGGUGGCAUGGCGUCCACCGAUAAAGUAAUCGUCUUCUGCCAAACCAAAGCUCGUGCCAGCGAUCUGUCGUUGGAGCUGCUGCUGAACAAAUACCACAAUGCCUGUCUACAUGGCGCUAUGGAACAGCACGAACGUGUCCAGGCCCUAAGUGAUAUUCGUUCGGGCUAUGUGCGGGUGCUGAUUGCCACAGACUUGGCUUCACGUGGUCUGGACAUCGAGGAAGUGACCCAUGUCAUCAACUUUGACUUUCCUCGCCACAUCGAUGAGUAUGUGCAUCGUGUGGGACGCACCGGACGCGCUGGCCGUACAGGUAACUCUAUUAGCUACUUCACUCGGAACGAUUGGGCCAAAGCCAGCCAACUGAUACGUCUGCUAGAGGAGGCCGAGCAAGAGGUGCCUGUGGAGUUGCGGCAAAUGGCGCAGCGCUAUAAUCUAAAUCGCCAGCAGAGACGUCGCGAUAAUAGCACUGGGAGCAGGAUGUCCAAAAAGUUUUCUUCAUGUGAAGACUCCCCUUCAUACAUAUACCAAUAAUCGUCAAAAUCUUCUGUGUACUCUAUUUAAUAAUGUCACUAAAUGAAUGGUACAUUGUCUGUCUCAUUAUAAA